AUGCCGUUUCUUGUUGGAAAAGAGGUCGGCCCUACUGGCUAUGGUACCAUGAGAUUGACCUGGAACCCCCAGGUAACCCCAGAGGAUGUUGCCUUUGAAACAUUGAACAAGGCUCUAGAGCUAGGUGCCAACUUCUGGAAUGGUGGCGAACUCUACGGCACACCCGACUACAACUCCUUGCACCUGUUGAACAAGUACUUCACCAAGUACCCCGAGAAUGCCGAAAAGGUGGUUCUCAGCAUCAAGGGUGGACUGAAAGUUGGCCAGUUGAUGCCAGACGGCUCAGAGGAGAACAUCCGUCGCAGUGUAGACGAAUGCCUGAAGGUCCUGGAUGGAAAGAAGAAGGUCGAUAUCUUCCAAUGUGCGCGCCAGGACAAGAAUUUCCCCGUCGAGCACACCGUGGAGGUCCUCGCGAAGUGCGUGAAAGAGGGCAAGAUUGGGGGAAUUGGACUAAGUGAAGUGGAUGCCGAGACCAUCCGACGCGCAGCCAAGGUAAACCCCAUCGCUGCCGUUGAGGUUGAAAUGUCCUUGUGGUCAACUGAUAUCCUUGAAAACGAUAUUGCCAAUGCUUGCGCAGAGCUCAACAUCCCUGUUAUUGCUUACUCACCCCUGGGCCGGGGUGCACUGACUGGCACCGUGACCUCGUUGUCCGACAUCCCGGAAGGUGACUUCCGUCGGCAUACUCCGCGCUUCCAGGAGGCCAACUUUCAACAAAAUAUGAAGCUGAUCAACGAGGUCAAGAGCCUGGCAUCUCGGAAGGGUGUUGCCCCAGCUCAGGUGGCCUUGGGUUGGAUCCGGAGCUUGAGUGAAAAGCCUGGCAUGCCUACUAUUAUCCCCAUCCCCGGUGGCACAACUGUUGACAAGGUGACCCAGAAUCUUGUGGGAGUCAAGCUGUUCUCUGAUGAGGAGUUGGCCGAGGUCGACACAAUCCUGAAGGAAAAUGCCGUUGCUGGAUCGCGCUACUAA